AUGCCGCGUGGCAUUUGCCAGUUGCCACCUCGCAGAACGGCCUCCACGUUUCCGUCCACGUGUAACCAUUUACCCGCUUCCCCAAACCCCUUCAAAUCUCACUUCGCUCUUCAACUUUUACUCCACUUGUCAAUUUUUGUUAAUUACCACCGCCGGGAGAUUUCCAAGCAUGUCGCACAAUUCAGAAUCCACGGCGCCGCUCCUCCCGUCGACCAAAGGCUCCGCCGCUACGGUGAGCGACAUAGUUCUCUGGAGGCGCCCGAUAUCGAGCGCCCUCGUCGUUUCGGUGGCGACGGCGACCUGGGUUCUGUUCGAAGUCUACGAAUUCAACAUCGUCACCGUCGUUUCGUGGGUCGGCUUGGCCGUCGUCGCUUCCCUCUACCUCUACGGCCACCUCUAUAGGAUCUUCCGGAAGGAAGAGCCUGAUCUGAUGGACAGGCAGUUCCUGAGGGAGGAGAGAGUAGUGGAGGCGGCCAAAUCGGCUGGAUCUUCCAUCGAGCUCGUGCUUCAGUGCCUGGUCCGGAUGAGCACGAACGGAGACUGGAGAGUGUUGGCUCAUCUCGUCGCCGUGCUAUGGUUUGUGGCCUAUGUGGGGAACUUGGUGGAUUUCCUUACGCUGAUUUAUUCAGGUGUUGUGAUGGUAAUGACGCUACCACUGGUGUACAAGAAGAACGAGGGGAGGAUCCUGCAAUCCGGGGUGGCGGCUCAGAUGAAGGCCUUGGAGGUUCUCACCGUGGUGAACGAGACGGUGAUUCGGAGAGUGAAGGGUAAGUUUGUGGCCGUGGCUUCCCCGAGAGACGAGGAUCGCCACGAGAAAGGGCGCGAGGAGGAGGAGGAGGAGUCGAGGGAUGAGGACAACCACAACAACGAAGAUCAGAAGGAGGAGAAGGUGGAGUAGCAUUUCCAUGCAUGCAGAGGAAUAAACAAAUAAGUUCUCUCUAGCUAGGUGAAAUUAGGGUUUUGGUGGGGGAAUUGUUUUUUAGGGGCAGUCAGUCCUUUUUUUAGCUAUAUGCUGGUGUAUAUUAACGUGAUGGUGAUGACGAAAAAUAACUUCCGGGACUGGUCUGAAACGCAGUCUGGCGAAGACGAAUCAUAUUAUAUUAAUACUAAGGUUAACAUCAUUCCUUUGAACAGAAGAGGAUCCUUGGCGCAAUGGUAGCGCGUCUGACUCCAGAUCAAAAGGUUGCGUGUUCGAUUCACGUAGGGUUCAUGUUUUUUUCUUUUCGGUGGAUUCCUUCUUUUCGUAUUCACAACUUUCCUAUACAAUGGUCGUGAAGUAGCUCUUAAGUCAUUCUUAAUGAGGCUGUAUAACCAGCAGGUUGAGAAAUGGAUCCGACUUUCGGUCGAUCUACCCCUUCAAAUAUAAAAUAUCCAGUUUGAG